UUUUCAGAAAUGGUAUACAAAUUAUGUAGUAGUUGUGUUUAAAUUUAUCACUAAGGCAAUACGACGCUUACUUUGCUUCUGAACACCUUCAGCACUUUAGAGGUUAAAUCUUUAGAGGUUAAAUGUAUAUAUGAACAUUUUGAAGUGUAUUAAAAAAUAACAAUAUGAAAACAGUCCGUCAAAAAAAAGCAAGAAGAAAUUUAGGCUUUUUUGUUAACAAUUUUAAAUUUAGAUCGCCGUUUCAAGUUCUUAUUGAUGGUACAUUUACUUUAGCUGCGUUAGAGAAUAAGUUUAAUAUACAAGAUCAGUUAUCAAAGUAUUUUCAAUCUGAAGUAAAAUUAUUAACUACACCAUGUAUUAUUUUGGAAACAGAAAAAUUAAGUUCAUUUUCAAAAGCAGUUAGUGGUGCUAUGCAAAUUGUUAAGCAAUAUCCUAUACAUAAAUGUGGACACGAAAAAUAUUCAAUUAGUGGCACAAAAUGUUUACUAUCUAUGGUUAGAAAAAAUAAUUCAUUCAGGUAUAUCAUAGCUACACAAGACAGAGAACUUCAGGAUUGCUUAAGAAAAAUUCCAGGUGCUCCAAUAUUAUAUUUACAUGGUAAAGCACCAACUUUGGAAGCACCUUCACAAGUUAGUCGUGAAUAUGCUAAAAAUAUUUGUAAAGGAUUAGGAAUGACUGAAUGGGAAAAAGAAAAUGUUAAAGUAUUAAAAGAAAUAGCUGGAAUAACUGAUGGAACAGAAGUAAAAUUAAAAAAGAAGAAGAAAAAAGGUGGCCCAAAUCCUCUUAGUUGUUUGAAGAAAAAUAAAAAUAAAACACAAGUAAAAGUUUCAAAAAAUGUUGAAGAGAAGAAAUCUGGAAGAAAUAAGAAAAGAAAGAAAAUGAAAAUAGCGGCUCAUAUUAAAGAAGCAUUGAUUGCAGAAAUAAAGAAUAAACAGGAAACAUAAAAUAAGUUAAAUAAAUGCAUAAUUGAAGAAACCUGUGUACAUAAUAUUUGUAUGAAUUUUGAAAAUUUAU